AUGCCAGCUCAACCAACAAUGAUUCGUCAUGGAGAACUCUUUAAGAUUUUACACAUCACAGCUCCUACAGAAUUUUAUACGUUAGCACGUAGGCAUUAUGGUUUCUAUUCCUCUUUAUGGCACGAAAUAUCAUCAGAUUCGGAAUUUCUAGAAACUCAAUCGGUUAAUCCAUAUCACAGCUUCAAUUCGGAAAGUUACUUUCACCAUCUUUCUAAACACCAAACCACAGAUCUAAUAAUUGAAGUAGGAGAGAGCCCUAAUACUGAAAAGUUUAGGGCGCAUACAGAAAUUCUCUCUAAUAGUACGCCUUAUUUUGAAUGUGCUUUAUCAUCAUCUUGGGCCAUAUUUGAGAACGAUGAAAUUAUCUUUAAAAAACCUAACAUUACACCACAAGUGUUUCACAUUGUGCUAGAUGGAAUAGUACAUUGGAAAAAGCAUACUGAAAAGGAUAUAUUGAACUUUUUAGUGGCGGCCGAUGAACUAUUAAUUGAUAGAAUUUUAGAUGAAGGUCAACGUCAUCUCAUUGAGCAGAGAUAUGAAUGGAUAUUAUAUAAUUUGAAUUUCACAACUUUUAUUAGCUUUAAAUAUAAAUCAUUUGAAAAACUUCGAAAUUAUUGCAUAGUAAAGAUUUGCGAAAAUCCAAGAUUAACCUUUAGUUCAAAUUAUUUUUUAAAAUUCGAUGAAGGAUUUUGGAUAAAAUUUUUAAAUCAAGAUAAUAUUCAAAUGGAAGAAUUCGAAAUUUGGCAUAAUUUGAUUUUAUGGGGAAUUGAACAAUUUUCAAUAACAAAAAAUCAAUCAUUUUUUAAUUUUUCUAAAAAUGAAUUGAUUCAUUUAAAAAGCAUAUUACAACAUUGUAUUCCAUUAAUUAGAUUUACGGAAUUCUCUGUUAAUCAACUUUAUACAUAUGUUUGGCCUUUUAGAGACAUUAUCGAUUUAAAGUUAAGAAAAGAAAUAAAUGAAACUAACUUUAUUACUAAAUAUUUAUAUACUGAAGAUUGUUUUAUAUUUUCAUUUGGGACUUUAAAAAAUCCUCAAAAUGUUAAGUUCAGUUUUGCUAAAAAAAAGAAACCAGCAAUUAGAGAUGAUCCAAAUUUGGGUCCCUGCUUUGGCAGAAAGGAUAUAUGUAUAACAAAUAAUUUUAAAACACAUGGAACAUGCUCAUCCGAAUCUUCAAGUUUCAAUGAUAUUAUAUUUGCAAAAAAUUUUACUAUCAUAGAAUAUGAAGUUUUUCAAGUUGUUUACAAAAGAAGUGAAGAAAAUAGGUGGGUUUCAUUUAUGAAUUCUAAAUACUUUGAAAAUGAUAAGAAAUACCCAGACAAUGAGAGAAUUAGUAAUCAACAUGAAACGUGGAGAAAAUAUAUUGUGAAGACAGCUGCAAAGAUAAUUAUUUCAACAAUUCUGAACAGUUCUUCUGAUGCCAACAAGAUUGAACCUAAAAAGCGUACAAAUGAAGAAUUAAUUAACAAAGUCAAAGAAUAUAAAAUCAUUAUUAACGAAAGAGAUCAAGUAGAACAAGAAAACAGAAGCAAAAAGAUAGAAUAUUUAGUACUGAAUAGUCAGGAAGACUUGGAUGAUGAAGCACUAUAA